GCACCUCCUCCGGCGCCGGGCAGCCAAUGCUGGGCGGAGGGCGGGCAGGCCAGGCCGCCACCCGCGGGGAGCCUGCGGCGAGGGGCUGGGGCCGUGCCCGCAGAGCGCCGGCCAUGCAGCAGCAGCACAGCACCCUGCUCCACCUGGUCGCCGGAGGAUGUGGAGGCACAGCUGGAGCCAUCCUGACCUGUCCUCUGGAAGUGGUGAAGACACGUCUACAGUCAUCCCAAGUGACUUUGCGGCCUCUGUGCCUCUCUGAGAUUCAGCUGCCAGGGAUGAGUGUGAGGUUGGUGAACCCCACGCCACCAUCCCCUGGAGUGCUCAAAUUGCUCAGGACCAUCCUUGAGAAGGAAGGCAUGCGAUCACUGUUCCGAGGUCUGGGUCCAAACCUUGUUGGGGUUGCCCCUUCCCGGGCUAUAUAUUUUGCCACUUAUUCUGGUGUUAAGGAGAAGCUCAAUACUGUCCUUGUACCAGAGUCCAAGAAAGUGCACAUGCUAUCAGCAGCCUGCGCAGGCAUUACCUCUUCCACACUCACCAACCCUAUCUGGCUGGUGAAAACCAGGAUGCAGCUGGAAGCCAGGAUGAAGGGGGAGCUGAGCAGUAAUGCCCUCCAGUGUGCCAUGCAUGUGUACCACACUGAAGGCCUUCGUGGAUUUUACCGUGGAAUCACUGCCUCUUACGCUGGAGUGUCAGAGACCAUCAUACACUUUGUCAUAUAUGAAGCACUGAAACAGCAACUGAGAAAUGGCCAUCAUUCCCUUUCCACACCACUCACACUUUCACCAAACAGCCGUGACUUCUUUGGACUAAUGGGAGCUGCUGCUGUCUCCAAAACAUGUGCCUCAUGCAUUGCAUAUCCUCAUGAGGUAAUCCGGACACGGUUGCGAGAAGAAGGGUCACGGUAUCAUUCCUUUAUACAGACUUUGCAGCUUGUAGUCCGUGAAGAGGGACCCUUGGCUUUAUACCGAGGGCUCCUGGCCCACUUGAUCCGACAGAUCCCCAACACAGCUAUUAUGAUGGCUACCUAUGAGCUCAUUGUACGUUUGGCCUCUUCCACCUUGUAAGCACACUGUAGCACCUGAAUGAGCUGCUGGAGAGAUACAGGGACCUCAUAGUUCUGAGACAUGGUCUUUUCCCACGCUCCAAGAGGUGGUGCUUUUCAUCACAUACCAGGGCUGAGUCAGGCAUAGCAUUCUCAGGACAUAAGACUAUUUUAUGCUACGUUUUCAGCUCCAAUGUGUACAGUGUCACCUUUGUUCUUUCUGGAGACUUGAAUUCUACCAGUGCCUCAAGAUGUCAGGGCACUGGUUUGACAGUGUCUGCUCUUAGCUUCCAGUAUGAAACAAGGACAUGAAAUUUACUGGAAAGGAGAUAAAGGAGAAAGCAUGUUUAUAUCUUAGCUUCAGCAUCUUCAUGCCGUCUGGACCCAUUAACAGCCAAACAUAGUUGUGAAGACAGGCUAGGGCUGAGACAUCUGAGAGAGUUGGAGCAAGCAGAGAUCUUGUGCUGAGACCUUUCAUGUCCUUAGAGGGGCUGUUCCACUUUUAUGUGCUGUGCUGUCCUUCUGCCCUUGGGGAUGCCUCAACUUUGACCACCAACAAAUGUCCUGUUGCAGAAUCUUCCUUUGGGUCCUGAACACGUUACAGCUAUUACCCCAAGAAGUGUCAGGCAGCUGACAGCCUCUUUUUUUCCUGCUGGGUCUGAAGAGUUGGACCAAGUAGAUCAGGGGAAGAAACACAACCUGCUAUGAAGCACUACCCUAAUAACUUUGCUACUGGCCUCAUAGCCAUGUCUUGACCAUAUCUGUUCUUUUUGUUUUCCCUCUUUUCCAAAGUAGCAGAAGGAGGCACACCUUCUUCCCUCAGAACUUCUGGGGCUGUUCUGUUACAAGUUGAAGUCCCUGUUGUGAAAUACACUCUAUGCUGGUAGAGAAAGUGGAUCAUGUAAAAAGGUGGAUGAAGCUGAGUAUUUGGCCUGUUUCUAUUGAUAUAUGGAAGGAGCCUUAUUGUUUUUUCUGUAAUCAAGGUUUUGCUGCAUGUGUUAACACUUGCCUGUGACAGGCUGGGAUGCCUUCUGUUCCUCUGUGGUUUCAUAGCCCUGUGUGCUGGGUAAGGCUACGCUGUCUUUACAGAGAGAGUAUUUUGACUCAAAAAGGUGGGGGGAGGGAUGCGGAGAUGCUACAAUUGUUCCAACACAUAUACUUAAAAAUACAACACAUCUCCAAGGUAAGGUAAUAAUUUUGAUAAAUAUAUAGUCUGGACAAUCUCCAGUCUUACAUUAA